AUCGAUGAAUUAAAAGACUCGUCUCAUGUAUAUCAUCAAAUAGAUCAUAUUCUCUGUUACCUACUUUAGGUUAUCAGAUGGCGCCACGCACACGAAUUAUCUGAAAUAUUUGAGCUCGUGAUUCUGAUUGUAGAUUGUAUAUGCCUGUGUAAAACCUUUUUCAUUAGGAUUUCCACGUUUUCCGAUUGUCAAGAAGCAUAUCAUCAUGCCACCAAAAAAGUCAAUGGAGGAAACUGAUCGGUUGACCCGUAUAGCUAUUGUAAAUCCUGAUAAAUGUAAACCCAAACGAUGCAGACAAGAGUGCAAAAGAUCUUGUCCAGUAGUGCGAAUGGGAAAACUUUGUAUAGAGGUUAAUCCAAACUAUAAAAUAGCCUCGAUCUCGGAGGAACUAUGUAUUGGAUGUGGCAUUUGUGUCAAGAAAUGUCCUUUUGAAGCGAUAUCUAUUAUUAAUCUUCCUAGUAAUUUAGAAAAGGAAACGACGCAUCGUUAUUCCAAGAAUUCGUUCAAGUUACAUAGACUUCCCAUUCCACGUCCCGGUGAAGUUUUAGGACUUGUAGGAACUAACGGGAUUGGUAAAUCGACUGCCCUUAAAAUAUUAGCUGGCAAACAAAAACCAAAUUUGGGAAGAUAUUCUGAUCCGCCGGAUUGGACGGAAAUUUUGAGUCAUUUCAGAGGUAGCGAGUUGCAAAAUUACUUUACUAAAAUUUUGGAAGACGAUUUAAAAGCACUUAUCAAACCUCAAUAUGUCGAUCAAAUCCCUAAAGCUGUAAAAGGUACUGUACAGCAACUUUUAGAUAAAAAAGAUGAAUGCAAGAAUCAGAUGGAGAUCUGUGAAAUGCUCGACUUACUGCAUAUACGCGAUCGUGGAAUCGAAGCGCUUUCAGGCGGUGAGCUUCAGCGAUUCGCUUGUGCGAUGGUAUGUAUCCAGAAUGGAGAUAUCUUCAUGUUCGACGAGCCUUCCUCAUAUUUAGAUGUCAAGCAGCGUCUGAAUGCUGCUGUGACUAUUAGAUCUCUCAUUCAUCCGGAUAAGUUUAUAAUAGUAGUAGAGCACGAUUUAUCGGUUUUGGACUAUUUGUGAUUUAUUUGCUGCCUAUAUGGAGUUCCUGGAGCAUAUGGCGUUGUUACUAUGCCUUUUUCCGUCAGAGAAGGGAUAAAUAUUUUCCUCGAUGGUUUUGUUCCCACGGAAAAUUUACGAUUCCGUGAAGAAUCUCUUGUAUUCAAAGUAGCAGAAAGUGCGACUGAGGAGGAAGUAAAACGCAUGAAUCAUUAUGAAUAUCCUGCGAUGACGAAGACAAUGGGGACGUUUAAGUUAAACGUCGAGAAAGGACAAUUUACCGAUUCGGAGAUACUCGUUUUAUUAGGAGAAAAUGGAACUGGUAAAACGACGUUUAUCAGAAUGCUGGCUGGCAACUUACCUCCGGAUGAUGGAUCGGAGAGUAUUCCUCAACUUCAUAUUAGUUAUAAACCACAAAAAAUAAGCCCUAAAUCCCAAGGCGUUGUCAGACAGCUGUUACAUGAGAAGGUUCGAGAUGCGUACGUGCAUCCUCAAUUUGUAACUGAUGUAAUGAAGCCUCUAAAGAUUGACGAUAUUAUGGAUCAAGAAGUGCAAAAUCUUUCUGGUGGAGAAUUACAGCGAGUUGCUCUAGCCCUUUGCCUGGGAAAGCCAGCUGAUGUUUAUCUGAUCGAUGAGCCGUCCGCUUAUUUGGAUUCCGAACAACGUUUAGUUGCUGCAAAAGUGAUCAAGAGAUUUAUAUUACAUGCGAAGAAAACGGGUUUUGUAGUGGAACACGAUUUUAUCAUGGCUACAUAUUUGGCUGAUCGUGUAAUAGUAUUUUCUGGUACACCGUCUUUAGCGACUACUGCUCAUAGUCCCCAAUCUUUGUUAAACGGUAUGAAUAGAUUUUUGGAACUAUUGGGUAUCACUUUCAGAAGAGAUCCCAAUAACUUUAGACCAAGAAUCAAUAAAAAUCAAUCGGUAAAGGACUUGGAGCAAAAAAGAGCUGGACAAUAUUUCUUUUUGGAAGAAUAAAAUAUACGUACUGCCAUUUGAAUGGCACAUAUAUGAAAUAUUAUUAAAAAAAUUUUUUAAUCUUUAUACUUUUUAAAUGCCGAAAAUAAGAAUGUACGAUAUAUGUCGUAGAAUAUUGAUUCUAUACCUUCUGUACGAUUAUUUGGACUAUUAUUUAAUGGAAAUAUUAUUUUUAUGAAGUAAGAUAAUUCUUUGUGCGAAUAAUAUAAAAUAUAUAAUUAUACGUGUAGUUGCAGGAUAAUCGAUUUAGCACAAGUACGUGAAAUGAAUCGUGUAAAAAUGAAAUUAAAAAUGUAUCGCGAAUA